AUGAAUGCAACUUCUGCUCGAAGUGAUCAGGCUACACAGCAAACAGCGUCAACUGCGAUAUUACCACGUUACAUGCAACCGACGUUCUCGUCGAUUCUUCCUGAAUAUGCUAAUGCAGAAACAGAACAAAUUCGUAAAGCUUUUGGUACAGGUAAUUUUACAAAUAUUCAGAUAAUGCCAACUCGAUUGCACAACAACGCAGUGAACCAGGCAAGGUUUGAAAAGAUGAAUGAAAAUCGAAUCAAUCAGUCAAAAGUUGGCAAAAACUUUACUCAAAAUGGAUUCUUUAGCCGAUUCGAGUAUAUGCCAUCACAAUGUAAUGAUGAACAAGCACGAACGGAAAGACUUCGUUUUGAGGCCAAGCGCUCUGAGAUUAGUAGUCACGACUUUUUAAGCGGUGGUAGUGCUGCUCGACUUAAGCAUGAAGAUGCUUUUGGAGCCCUAAACUUUCGAUAUCCACAUCUGUACGAGCCAUAUCCGGAUAACAGCGAAAAGAAAAAGCUUGAGCGCUUAUGUAGGGAAAAGAAAAUUUUGCAUGGUCCGUUUGUGCCAUCUGGCCAACGGCCUCGUGUGACGCGGAUGCUAACUCCUCAAAUAAUGAUCGAGAUGCACGAAGCCAUUGCGGCAGACUGGCAAGGUUUAAAAAUUGCCAUUACACCUACUCAAGACGAACACAUUUUGGUAUGUUUUAAUGAUUCAUCUCUCAGGAGCACAGACGAAAUCCUCGCAUACAUGAACGUCUUUUGCAAAACCAAUCGAGUAGCGUGUAAGUACGGACUUUGUAAAGCAACGGAGGACUGGAAUUUUAAGUCUAGUGACGGUAGGCUUUAUUUCGCCUUUCGACCUCCUUGGGUCAAAAAUCGCUCCAAAAAUCUUGUAAAUGGUAUAACAAGAUAG